CUCUGAUUAUUGAUAAAAGUGUUUACAGUUAAUUUGAUAAGGAAAUAGUCGUGCAAACAAUUUACAGUGUUGGACACGUCGUUAAUGAAAUGGACAAAUAUUUCGAAGAAAAACGAAUACUGGUCACAGGAGGAUGUUCUGGUAUCGGAAGAGGUGUAGUUUUAGAACUGUGGCGAUUGGGUGCUAACGUCGUUGCAUUGUCACAUCAGGCUGACAAUCUAUACAAAUUGAAGUGCGAAUAUCCGUCGAUAGAGACCGCCUGUGUCGAUGUCCGUGAUUGGGAUAGAACUCGUCAAGUCGUUGAUUCCCUCGGUAUAUUCCAUGGAUUGGUCAAUUGCGCGGGCGUGGGAUUAAUGGAGCCGUUCUUGGAGUGUAAACCGACAACUUUCGAUGAAUCUAUUGCUAUCAACACAAAAGCUAUCCUCAACAUAUCUCAAGUCGUCGCGAAAAAAAUGAUUGACAAUAACAUCAAGGGUUCUAUAGUUAGCAUAUCUUCACAAGCUUCAAAGGCGGGUUUCCACGACCACGUGGCAUACUGUGCGUCAAAAGGCGCUGUUGACGCGAUGACACGUGUAAUGGCCGUCGAACUGGGACCGCAUGGUAUACGCGCUAACACAGUCAACCCCACCGUCGUACUGACGGAACUGGGCAGAGAAGUGUGGGCGGACCAAACUAAGGCAAAGCGGAUGAUGUCUAAAAUACCACUUGGCAGAUUUAGUGAAGUGCACGAGGUGGUGAACGCAAUAAUAUUUCUGCUAAGUGACAAAGCGAGCAUGAUAAACGGAGUCGAGUUGCCGAUAGACGGGGGAUUCCUAGCAACAUAGUCA